CCAAGUGGAACGCUGCCGUUCUAGUCUUUUGGUACAAAGCUUCUUCUUGCCUUUGGACAAGACCAGAACGACGACGUUCCUUCUUCCUUGUGCUCUGUUCUUCAAGUAAGCAGCAGCUUCUCUGUAGAGUGUGUUCUUCGAUACCAAGCUGCUGCUAAUGGCUUCUUGGAACUGAUCGAUUCUUCAUUACAGUGCAGUUGUAGAGAGAUCUAUGCUUCAUAGUGCAAUUGGACAUUGAACAUUGAGCUUGUGGUUCCCUGAGGUUGAGUGUUGGCUCAUGUUCUGUUAUCAAAAGUUGGCUUCAGGUUCUGUUUUCAACCCUGAACGAGAUAGAGGGGGCAAAGGAGGGGAGUAAUCAUGUAAUGUUUAGCAGCCUUCGUACCAUUAUGGAAUGUGCCAUCUCUUUUUGUUUCAGUUCUUCAUUGUUUAAAUCAUGUACUGCGUGACAGUAGUGGUGAAAUACCUCAACCAGAUAUGGAGAUGCAGGCCUUACGGUACUGUGUUUUGUACGGUGUUUGUAGAACCAUCCCGUGCCAGCAGUCCAAUUGGGAGCUCCUUAUACUGGAGCCUUACCAGUAGACAAUUUUUUAGAGAUUAAACCAAGGUUGAAUCAUAGUUAAAUCAUGAUUUUAGAACAAAAUACCUUAUUGUUGUCUGACUUUGCCAGUACAAUCUUGAGUAUGGUUUGACAAUCCUUGGUUUUAUAAUUGACAUUUUUUUUGACAUUUUUUGGGCAGUUAAUACUUGAUACGCAGCGAUCCUUAUGUUUAGCCUUAAGAAUCCAUUUCGACAGCGGAAGGCAGGUGGAGAGACCCGCAAAGACUCGCUGCAUCGCCUUCCGAUGGGCAACUUAAAUAUGGGGGAUGUAAACAAAGUGAACCCCCCAAGUCGUCGGCGGAAUCGAAUCCGUGAUCGGCAACAUGGCUAUGUAGCCAAUAUGCAAUGCCAUCCUAAAAUAAGUGUUGGUAAACGACUCUUAGAUGCUACUCAGGUUAAAAUCGAGGAGUAUAUCACUGGGUUGCUAAAAAAAAGACGCGAGAUGAAAGACAGCGUUUGGCAAUUCUCGCUCCCUAGUUCGAUGGAGGUUGAUAAAGAAUCCAGGAGGUAGUUAUUUCUCCGGUGCCUACCGGGACCGGCGACAGCAAAAGCCUCGCUGCUGAUGGCGAAGCCCAUAUUCCAACUACCUUUCCUGAUUAUGGGAUGACAACCAAUCCAUGCACCCCGAAAAACGCGUAGCCAGGCCGGGAACCUAACGACGGUGGCAAACCGCAUCACAGGCCGGUGGAAACCCGAAGUGGAUUCGUUGGGCGAAUAUUUCCCCCAGAUACUAAUCCGGCAAUUCUCAGAGUUUCCCUUGUUUAUCCAAAAUUUUUGGUUACUCGGAAUAAGAGUCCUACGCUGGAAAUAAAACAAAUAAACAUAAACCGAGUUGGAGUAUUUCACUCGGGGGCCGCCUUUGCUCUUCCCUUUAAAAACCCUUUCCCAUGAAUGUUUUUCACUACCCUCCGUAGCGUCGAGCGUCCGCAAAGAGCAGUUGUCUCCCGAUCGACUCCCAAACGCCCUCCAACUCAAGGUAUUAGUUUCUUUCCCUCCUCCCUAUUUACAAUUAAGCUUGGCAUUAUUGGCAUUGCCAGGGCCUUGGCAGUGGAGACCAUGCAUGCUACACGCAUGGAAGUCCUACCCACGACGAGUCUGACGCCAAUUAAGGUGAAUCGGCUCGAUACUAAUUCAGACUCAUUCUCGUGUUCCCAAGCUUGUAUGAUGGCUCGUGUCUCCUCCGACCAGGUGGUGCAAUUCUCGAUGGAAGCAGUGCAAUCUUCCAAAUACCACACUAAGCACUCGCUGUUGGGCUGUCUCUUCACCAACAAACGGAUCACCACAAUGGAAGUUAGGGAUGUUGUCAUCACGCACUGGCAGGUGAAAGGGAAAUUGAAAGUGGUUCUGACCAAACAUGGCUUAUUUGAAUUUACUCUGCCCUCCGAGGAGACUAAAACCUGGGUUCUUAAAAGAACGCCGUGGGUGGUUAACGACAUAAUCUUACACUUGAGAUCAUGGACGACGAACAUCUCGAAAAAGCUCUAUGAUGACCUGGCUAUGGUCCCUUUGCGUGUACAGAUGUGGGACGUGAAGGAGGAUUGUUGUACGCAAUAGUUCGAGAGGAAGAUGGCCACAAGUAAACUCGGCCAGGUCCUGGAGGCUGGGGUUUUUGCUAGUCAUGAAACUGGUGAGCGAUUUGUGAAAGUGAGAACAGUGAUAGACCUCACCAAACCGUUGCGAUCACAAAUUAUGGCGGUCAAUGAUGAUACUGGGUGUUUCUGGGUCUCAUUGAAGUACAGAUAUUUACCAUCAUUCUGCUUCAAUUGUGGGAGGGUAGGGCACUUCAUCAAUGAUUGUACUUUUGAACCCCCAGCCGGUAAGGAAAAAUUUGGACCGCACAUGUCCACCAAGAAACUGGGCAUUCGACUGUAUGACUCGGAGGAUGAUGCUCAACAGUUCCGUGGCAAAUCAAAGUCUGUAUGGGUCAACAUGGCGCUGAGAGAUUAGGGGUGGGCAACGGGACGGGACAGGAUACCCUUCCCGUUUAGAGAGCAAUCUAAACGGGUACCCAGUCCCAUUUAGAGAGCAAUCUUCAUCCCAUAUCCCAAACCAGUACGGUUAACGGGUACCCGUUACCCAUAUGGGACGGAUAACGGGUACCCAUACUACCCGUAUAUACCCGUCAAUUGGUGGAAGAAACGCAGCAGAACCUU